GUCCAUCCCACUGAGUACGUCACGCAAGGCUGCCUUUCGCUUUGAAUGCUGGCUUUCUCCAGAACUUCACCUUCGAGUCACGAACUUCACAUUUGCUUCAAGACAGCCGGAUUCAUUAGACGAACGAACAGAAGAGUACUAAUUGCGUCUACAACCCCAAGAUGUCUGCUCAGAAGACCUUCAUUCCGCUUGGUGAACUCAAUCCCGAGCCCAAGAUUGUGUGAGCAACAUGCUGAUCCACGUUGUCUUAUAUUCACAGAGAACAACCCCAGAGUCAUGACCAAAUUGGCCCAUCGACUGGGGCUGUCUCCAGCACUCUCUUUCCACGAUGCAUACAGCUUGACUGACCCCGACUUGGUGGCCUUCUUACCUCGACCGGCCAGCGCUCUCCUGUUCACCUACCCAGUUACAACAACCGCUGAAGCCCACUAUGGCAAAACCAAUGAGGCCGAAGCAGACUACGAUGGCUCAGGCCCCGGAGAGCCCGUCAUGUUCUACCACCAAACAAUUCACCAUGCCUGUGGCCUCAUCGGCCUCCUCCAUUGCACCACCAAUGGGACGGCAGCCGACUUCAUCCAAGAAGGGAGUGACCUCGAGAAAUUGGUCAAAGAUACAACUCCACUUAAACCCGCUGAGCGAGCUCAGUUCCUUCACGACUCAGAAAUGCUGGAAAUUGCUCACGCCGCAGCCGCCCAGUCCGGUGACAGCACAGCACCCCCACUGGGUGAAGAUCCCGGCCAUGCUUUCAUCGCAUUUGUCAAGGGCAAGGACGGACAUUUGUGGGAGUUGGAAGGAAGAAGAAAAGGGCCGGUCGAUCGUGGUAUGCUCGAGAAAGAUGAGGAUGUAUUGAGUGACAAAGCGCUCGGUUUGGGGCCCCUUCCAUUCCUCAAACGUGAGGAGGCGGCAGGUAGCGGGGACGUCAGGUUCAGCUGUACCGUGCUUGCUCCGAGUUUUGAUGAUUGAUGAAGAGGCACAGUUGCGUCGUUCAUUGCGCCAACAGGAACUCUGGGCUCUUCAGGUCGACCCAGCCUAAGUUUGGCUCGCUCUGCUUCCAUCCCAGACGUUCCUGCACAAUCUUUGAGUAGGUUUUGACCUCGUCGAUCGAAUAUGACAGAAAUGAUAUCUCUUCCUGCCGAUGCACGCCAGUGCAUGAGAACAUGGCAUAAACCG